GGAAGCUGAAUGAUAGUCUUGCCAGCUGAUUAGCGGGCCAUGAUCCGCAACUUGGUACAAUAGCGUAAUUAUUCGCAGCGGGGAAACACAUCCGUCCGAGCUAAGCAGAACUUGAUCCACACGCUUCUCUGGGCAUCAUGUUCAAGUUGAAGCCAUCUGCUCAAAUUUGAUCACUUUUGCUUCUCGGUUUGCUCACUGAGUUGUUACCCCCCGAUUGCUUGCGCUCGUGCUGAACAUCAUCAUGGCCGGCGAGACGGGACCCGUGGACCUCCCGCUGGCGAAGUCGAUGACAAUCGCCGCCUUCUUCGGCAUAUCCAUCUACAGCUCGAUAGAGACUUUAUUCUCUAUAUUUCACCGUUUCAGGACCCGCAAAGGGCUGUAUUUCUGGAGCAUGCUCGUCGCAUGCAUUGGCAUUCCCAUCCACGCAACCGCCGUCCUGUUGCGCAACUUCCGGCUGGCGCCGAACGUACUCAUGUGUGUUUUUGUUGUUCUAGGUUGGUGGAUGAUGGUGACGGGCCAGGCUGUCGUCCUCUAUUCGCGACUGCAUCUGGUUUGCGAUCCCAAAACUAUUCGUUGGGUGCUGGGCAUGAUUGCCUUCAACUUCGUCGUCCUACAUCUCCCGGUUUCAGGACUAUACCUCGCCAUCAAUAUACGUCCCAUCGACUCCGUUGUCCACGUCUUCAACGUUUACGAAAAGGUUCAGCUCACGGGCUUCUGUGUUCAGGAGUGGAUAAUUGCUAGCCUCUAUAUCUGGGGCGCAAAACGGACUCUGGAACCCAUCCUGAAAUUUAAAGGACCACGGGAGAAGAAGAUUAUUCAGCACUUGAUCAUUGUCAACCUCCUUGUCAUCGCAAUGGAUGGUACUCUCCUCGUUACCGAAUUUACCAACAAUUUCGACAUCCAGACGACUUAUAAGACCGUUGUCUACAGUAUCAAACUGAAACUCGAGUUCUACGUCCUAAAUCAACUACUCUUCAUCAUGCAGUCCCCGACCCGGGAUUGUUCCAUCUCCGAUACGUUACUCGAACUCAACCCUUGCGUAUCCGUUCCUUCGGGAUCUACGUUCCUCGAACUCAACCAUUCCGUAUCCGUUCCUUCGAGAUCUAGAUACACGAUACGGAGACCGCACAAAAGCGAUCCAGUAAUUACAACUCAACCCACUCUGAACGUUACUUCCAGCGCGCCAAAUGUGACAAGAGGAGGCAUGUGAUAUUCCUGGCUCGCCGAUCAGACCAAGAUGUCUGGUUGCUUGAAACACAAGCUAUAAUUUACAACAAGAGAAGUGUAGGCUGCGUCAGGUUCGACUCGGCUAUGUGAGCAUACUCGGGCUGUGACAAACCGACGUUAGCCCAAUGUUGUGUGCUGCUAUUUGUCGUCGAACUCAUAGCCAACAAUCCUUCGGGCAGGAGGGAA